AUCUACAACCAGGCGCAGUGCUGUGGUUUUUAUUAGCAUGUAGUAUGUACGUGAUGCACUUAAGAAUUGUAAGAACACGGCAUGUAUCAGGUGAGACUCACGGCAAAUGAGUGGGAAUUUUUAUUAUUAACUUCUAUGAAAUUUUCGAAAAGGAGCAAAAAUCAUCACAGAAAACAUCGACUUUCGCAGAUGCAGUAAAGCGAAUUUCUUAGAUCCUCUGAGAAUUGCGCAAUUUGACAGCACAGCUUGUCAUUGAUGUCAGUCAAGAAAAUAAACGUUGAAAAAAUAGCCUCAUUGAAAAUCAAAACCUAUAGCAAAUAAUGAUUUCUUUGUCAUCUAAAACAAAUUAUACAAUGUGUGACCCAUUGUGAUAUUAUGUCUUUAUUUAAGAAACCCACGCUGUCGUUUCAGCAAAGUUUACUCAAAGUGAUUCGAUUGCUAAGAUUUAUUUGACUCUAAGAACUUGGGAAUACUUGCUAAAAUUAACGAUGGAUCAAAUAAAAUGUUUCUCACUUGCAUUUAAUGCUAACACUUUCUCUUUAUUUUAUACAAGACAUGACUGUAUACGAAGAAAGCUCAGCUGAACGCGGUGUCGCACGUAUUUCAGGUGUGAGAUAUCCCGAUAUUGCGCCUACGAGCCCACCAACGUCCAAAGUAAUAUUUUUCAUUGCAAUCCGCUCAAAUUUACACAAAUCCCAAAUAGAAUUAAUUGCAAAUAUCACAUUCCAAUGUCACAAUUUUGCUAGCCACAGGAGCCAUAUCUCCCGCCAUAUCUUUUCAUUUCUUUCUCGUGGCUCAAUUUCAAAGCGUAAGUGCUAUCGCUGACGGUUUGCCACAAGAUGAGUGACGUCAUAGAUUCGUGUUUGAUUGAAGUGAAUUGUGACACUGCUAUGGCCAUUUAUUCGCUGUCUUCCCAAUGUAAAAAAGUAAUUUGUUUUUUCACCCUCACGAAAAUACUUCUGAAACUGUAAGGGCAAUUAUUUUAGAGAUAAAUAUCCCGCGUUGUCUUCAAGGCAAAAACUUUGCAUAACCACGGGUAAACGAGACUUUAUCAGCUAGAUUUGACAUUCGUGUUAAAAAUGUUUUGUCGCACGCUAUUACGCUAAUUAUUUUCAUACCCCGAGGCUUAUGAAUAUAUUGUGCUUUAGUCUUCUUACAAGACGGUGGCGUUCCUCGUAACCGGAUUUCUUUAUUUCCCCAUUUAAAUUACGUUUAUUGUAGUGACAUCCCUGGCUUGUUGGCCCCGUAGCUUAAUGACCAAACAGUUUGACUCUCCGUUUGCAUCUUGUGGAACCGUCAAUUGUUUCAAACAGUGCACCCAUUAUUUCAUGAUUGGAGAAUUCCCACGAGAUCCGGUGUCAAUUUCCAUGUGAAAGAUGAACAUGUCAUAACGCCCAAAGAAUCACACCUGCCUUAGAUAUUGUUUAUCUGCACGAGUCAAUCGACUCCGUUAAAACCGUUUUAGCCGAACCGGUCAAGUCGUUUAGGAGUGAUCUUGGAAGUCAAACGUCGGAUUAACAAAACACGAACUAACUUCAAGAUGAUUAACGCAAGCUUAGGAAAUUCCACUGAAUGGAGCUAUCAUAUAAAUCUUUCCUGCUUCUACCUCACUCGAUUUCUUGUUUAUUCUCAAGGUUCAAUGAGAAUAACUUUCAUCAUCAAUUGUGCGCUGAAUGCCAUUUUAUCCGUGACGGCUGUCGCUGGAAAUACAUCCAUCCUCUGGGCGUUAACUAAAUGCUCAUCCUCGCUUCGUCCUCCUUCGAAAGCUCUUCUAUUCAGCCUAGCACUGUCCGAUCUCGCCGUUGGGGCGCUCGUACAGCCACUUUACGUCAUGUACAAAGCCGCCGAAAUAAACGACAACUUUGGCCUGUUCUGUAUCGCUGGAGUUGGAUUCCACUUGUCUGCCAAUGUGUUUUCAGCCGUUUCCUUUUUAACUGUAACUGCCAUUGCAUUGGAUAGACUCUUAGCGUUGUAUUUGCAGCAGAGUUACAAUGCGACGAUUUCUCUGAGGCGCGCUACCAUUGUGUUACUCCUGUUAUGGUCAUCUACAAGCGUAUGGGUUGUCACAUGGUUCGAGAACAUCAGGAUUUACCAAGUCUUCAAUAUCACAAUGGUGUGCGUAUGCCUGAUUAUCUGCGCAUCGGCCUACAUAACGCUUCAGAUUCGCCUUUACAAGCUACAGACUGUGAUUGCAUCUCGACUGCAGAUUCAGGACAAUGACCCUAAAGUUAAUAUUACAGUUAACGUACACACGCCGCAUUUACAGCUGUAUCGAAGAUCUGUGACUACCAUGUUUUAUAUUUACCUUUUGUUAAUUCUCUGUUAUGCUCCCUAUUUGUCUAUGUUUUUUGUUAUACAAUUCACGGGCAGAAAUUCAACAAAAAUUGCGGCCUUGAGUUUUUCAAUGACAAUUUUGUUUGCCAACGCGUCAAUCAAUCCAUUUCUAUACUGUUGGCGAAUUCAAGAAAUCCGUCACGAAAUUGUAACCGCAAUUUCCAGAAUUUUUCGUCGAAAAUAAUCGUUAGUUGUAUAUACAUAUAAAUCGGGCUUCAACCUGGAAGCAAUUUUAAGAUAGAGUUCGGGUCAUAAUAUUUCUUAAAAGGAACAAAUGGCGUAAAAAACAAUUAGUUUAAAAUAAUAUGAAUAUUUUAAUUAACAUCCUGCAGCGAUUACGAGUUAAUAACUUUCUUAGCUGUGACUUGACGACAGUUUUUAGCCUCAAAAUAAAUGUUGUUAAUAAUUUAUUGUCAUUAAUCGGUUCAUUUCUUUAUAUGCCAAGUAACAGUUUUCUGUGGACUUCAUCAGUUUGACUUUCGAAUCUAAUCAGGUGACAUUUUAUUUCAGAGCUCUCGUAGGUUUACUGUAACAACUUCAGUGAAACCAUUUUUUGUAAAAUAAUAUUUGUGGCUUUUUCAGCGUAGUAAAAUGAUCCAAGCUAAGUACAUAGUUAUUAAACUCUCCUUUCAAACUUUUGAAUGCAAAUUUAAGGUGUGUUCUUAUUCUAGUAAUCACUUGUCAAGUGCGGUUUUGAUGCGCUUCGUUUUCCCAUGCAUAAAAACCAUCUGCACGUUGUAAGCGUUUUAGUGUCUAUUUUCGCUUUAUAUUUUCAGUCCGGGUCGUCACGAGUCACAGCAACUGACAUGCAAUAAACUGUCUCAUGAGAUGCUUGUUAAUCAACGUCUUCUUGUUCUAAACACACAGACUUUGCUGUAAAUUAAUGCUCCGAGAAAAACUUUCUUAAAUGGAGGACUAUGGGUAAUCUACUUAUCUGAUUUGCAACAGUGCCAAUAUCAUCGGAUAAUCGUAAACAUUUUGCACGACAUUCGGUUACGUUAUUCUCUUUAUAUAGUAGAAGUGGAUUGUAAAAAGAAACUUUGGUCUUGUAUUUUUUAUCUUUAUGCUUUCAUUAUUAAUCAAACAACAUAAAUGUUACGAAAUGGUUCGUACUAAUUCAUUGCAUUGAGUACAGAUUAAUCGAUUAAUAUUCAAACUCAUUAAAAUGCAACGCCAUUUUUUUUUUCUGCCUGUAUUUUGUUCUGCGUACACGGGCAUAAAACUUGUGCAAAACCAUAAACAUAAACCACAAGAGAGAUAAUACAAGAAUAGGUAGGUGAAAUAAUAGGAGACGCAGCUGGCGUCUCCGGUAAGUAGCUUGAACAAUUUGUUGGUCCUUACCCUAGCUUCGAGGGUUUUGUUUUUCUCCAACUUCCCCUGCUUUUCUCCCGCGGCAAAAACCAACUAUCUAAAGGCUAAUUAGAUCUUCGUACUGUGGCUCGUUACAGCUCAUCGCAGCUCUUCCGGGUCGGUGGGUGAAUAAGUUACAUUGUAGCUUAUACAUACGAGAUAAACUGAAUUGCCUGUUUGCAAUGUGAACGAUUUUCAAAAUUGCGAACGCUGUUAAGGUUAGUUUAAGUUCAUCGAUAGAAACGAGGCUCCAUAAGAAAGAUAGGCUGCAGUGCAGGCGUAUUUUUGGCGAGGUAGAGGUAAAAUGAAAAGUCUGCAUACGAGCCAAGUGGCCCAUCAGGCCGGCGCUUAUCCCGGUUUCUGUAGCAUGAAUCGACUAGAAAUAUUCCUACUCCCCUCUCAUAGGAAGCUAGUCCAUCCUAGUCAUCGUAGGGCUAACCUUCUGUUGAAAUACAGUUGGAACUCGCUAUUUCGAACUCUCAAGGACAGCGAAAAAUAGUUCGAAAUAGCGGGAGUUCGACAUAGCUGAUAGUAAAUGACGAAAUGGGUGAAUUCAAGGGAAAUAAUUUAGAGUUCGAAAUAACAGGGAAUUCGAAAUAAGGCCCUGUUACACUUUGUAAUCACCAAUUUUUUGUUUUCGUAAUCCUGUUUGCACAUGAAGAUGCCAAAUUUUGUUAGUGACGGAUGUCAGUAAUUUGAUCAAUUUACCAUCAAGAUGUCGUGACAUGUCUUAAAGGGGAAGGUUUCAUACUUGGCGUUUUUCUCUUUGUUCCCUUUUUCGUGUUCUCUGUGCUUCCGGUAGCUGCAGCAGUCGUCCGAUCUUCAGUGGGUGUUACGGAUGUGGAUGCUGUGUUCAGCGGAUGUGGAUGCAUUGUGAAUCCGCUCGAGUUUGCUGCGAUGGAAACUGUAAGAAGUACUGCUGUUGCGUAUCGAUUUGGGAAUCGUAAUAACUUUGAUUACCCUGGUCUUGAUCUUGGUAGCAUUGCGAGCCAUAAUAAUUGAAGUACCACGGAUCGAUCUUGCUUCUGUGCGGAUCCAUCUAGCUCAGUCAAAAUGGCGGAAGUCAUACGGUCACGUUCGCUUCGUAAUCCAUAUGUUGCGAAAUUGACCCAGUGACGGAUGGAUGUCAAGGAACAAAGGAUUUUCUCGCCAGACAAAAUUUUUACAGCCUCCAAAGCUAGUCGACGGAAUCUUUGAAGUUUCGUUGCGCUUACAAAAAUUUUGGUGGGUUCAAAAAAUCGUUCGCACUAGAAAUGGCUGCGUGUUGACAGAUUUGUUGGCAAAUCAAACAAAAUUUCGCGUAGUGCGAACAGGCCCUAACCUAGUUCUAAUUAACUGGGUCCAACUGUAUGGUUUUCCGGCCGAGGCUGAGCUGAUUAUUUUUUUUUUCUGCCGUUUUUAAAAUAUUCUUGUAAACUUACAGAAACAUUAUUGAUUCGCGAUUUGCAACCAGCACUUAAUGAAAAUGUUAGCAGUGAGAAACUUCUCUACUAGCCAUUCAUACUUUUUUUCAGCAGAUUUCAAGUCUGUUUAU